AUGGACAUUGAGCGAAGACGGAAAGAUGCUGCUUCAACACUUUGGAAGUCGACGCUCCCUGAUGUCGAUCGAUCAAUGCUUUCCCUUAACGUUCCACAUUUGAGUGCAUUUAGGCACCUGGAUCUUCCUUACUACAAGCAACUCUUAGACAGUAAAGACUUAAUAAUUGUUGUUGUUUACACUAUUGAUCAUUUGCAUAACAAGAUAGGAUGGAUAGCCAGGAUACAUGAGGUUGCUGGACUCUAUGUAUAUGUGAAAUGGCUAGGAGUAGAAAACGAUCCUUCAGUAUCUGGCAGAUGGAUGAAUAUAAGUGAUAAAUCUUUAAUUCUAGCAACUAAUAUCCCUAAUGAGAAUUUCAAGCUCAUAGCUCCACAAGCUGUGUUGACCAGUUGUAGUUAUAAUUUAAAACCUGCUAGUAUAACGCCAAAUCAAAUAAGAGACAAUAGAGAAGAUGACUAUAAAGUUAUAUCCAAUUAUGAUAGUGGAAUGAGAGAGGGAAUGUUCUGUGAAAUUUUGGAUUGCUCCUCUCUAGCUGCCGGGUGCCAAGUUAGAGUUGGAAUGAUCAAAAGUAUUGUCGGCCGUCGGCUAUGCGUAGCAGUCACAGAAACAAAAAGUUAUGAGACUGAGUAUUAUGUAUGGCUAGAUAAGUUCAACAACUAUCUUUUCUAUGUGGGAUGGGCCACUCUAAAUGGAUAUGCUAUUUCUGCAAAAGAUUCCUACCUAGACCAUUGUAGGUCUGUUGCAAUGGCUUUAAAAUCGGGUGCAGUUCCUCCUUAUUUACCGCAUGAUUUACGUAGAGAGACUCUCAUUGAUAUAGCAACGCACGAAGCAAAGUUUAGACAGUUUGAAUUUUUCACUAGACGAAUGAAGCUGGAAGUUCAGGAUCCUUUCAGCCAAUGCAAUAAUGAACUUCAUGUUGCAACUGUGCAUAAAGUAUUUGAAGAUGGUUACUUACUCAUUUCACUUGAUGGUCCUGAUGCGGAGCAUGACAUCUUUCCUGUUCAUUCACUUUCUACAUUAUUGUUCCCAGUAGGAUAUGCUCAGCGAAACAGCAUAAAAUUACAGACUCCUCCUGAUGUGAGAAGUUUUGACUGGGAUCGGUAUUUGAGAGCAACCAACUCGGUUGCAGCACCGUUGUGUUUGUUCAAACCUGACCCCUCUCCGGACAGGUUGAGAGAUUUCCCUAUCGGAGGAAAAAUCGAAGCUUUUGACGUAAUUGAAAAGAAUGCUAUUUGUCCCGCAACGAUCAAACGGCAUUGUGGGCGGUUAUUAUUGAUAUCAUUUGAUGGUUGGAGUGAGGAUUAUGAUCAGCUAGUUGACAUAGACUCUCCGGAUAUCUUCCCCAUUGGUUGGUGUGAAACUAAUGGCGUUCCUCUUGAUGUAUGGAUGGAAGAAGAUGUUCCCUUAGUUCAGCAAAAUAUAUCAUUGAAUGCAGAUACAACUCGAAUGUUUGGAUAUCUGCAAAUGGAAGUUGAUAACGUAGUUGUCAAAGAAGAGACUCAAGUGAUCUAA